UGCAUAUUUCGGCAAUAAGAAGGCGAUUUGAUUUCAAGAGUUGUCUGUCAACUUAUGUUUUUGAAUUAAAACAUGUAUUAGACACCGAGUGUAUGGCUCCAGUAAUUUUUUAUCUUGUAUACAUCGUGCAUUAUGACCUUCUUCCCCAAUUCACAUAUUUUUAUUCACCAUGUAUAUAACCGACGAAAUAAAAAACACAUGGUAAAGGGAAACAUACUGAAGUUAGUCAAAUUGCACAUUCAGAACGGUCUUUUUUGAAAUAGAAUAUAAUCGUGAUUAAUUUCUACCGGAUGGCGCUGUGACUGUUCAAAUGGAUCAUAAUCUCGAACAGCAGUGCGAAGACGCACUCUUUGAACUAUGUGAUGCUCGAGAACGAUAUCCAAUGGAAUGUGCUAAUGAACUUGAAAAAUGCAUCAAACUUAAAACCGAUAUACAUGUGAUGAUGAAAGUAUCUAUGAAGUCUAAUACAAUAGACUAUGUGGAUCAUAAAAAUUGUAAUAUAAAUGUCAAUGAAAAAAAAAUAUCUUUUAAACAUUUGGAUCACAAGUUACAAAAUAUGACAAAUAAAUUAGAUAAUUUAAAAGCAGUUAUGGAUCAAAUUGAACGAGAAAAGGUAUCUUGGACUCAUAAAUUAUUGCAAGGUUGAAUUUUGUAUUUUUUAUUAAAUAAAACAUUUAAAAUACUA